AUGUUCGCUAUGUUCCGCCUCCACGGAGCAGGACACGAAACUCUGGCUAGCACAGAAUUCGCAAAAUGGGUCAGCUAUCUGAACGAGUUUAACAAACGAUAUCCCCACCAGAAGGAGACAAUCAUCGAGGGCCUCCGGGCUAACUACAUUGACAGGGUUCUAGUUCCACUGCUCAGUUCAGCAAAGCAAAACUCCAGGACGGAGAAACUAGCCGCAAAAUUGCAGGAUGAUCUGAUCAACCAUUGGCUAGCUGCUAAGCUGGAGCCAGCAACGCUGGUGUCAAACCUCGGCAAGGUGGAGAGUGCUGAUGAAAUGAUACAGCGUUUUGGCAAGAAACUAACCGAGAUGCCCGGGAAUACAUCUUAA